CGGAUUUCUCUCCUGCCUUAGGCCCCAUUUUGAGUCCUCUUUCAGCUAGGCUAGGGGGAAGGGCAGAGGCAGGCAGGGACGGCUGUGGCUGUGCGUGCUCUCUCGCAUGUAUCCCUCCUUCCCUGCAGACUCAACCCGGCUCUUAUAACAGUAAAAAUACUUUCAAAUCAGAGCUCUAAAGCUCCCAUCUUUGCAAACAAAACAAAAAAAAAAAAAAAAAAGAAAGAGAGAGACCCACAGCCAGCACAGGCCAAGACAGCAAAGAGAGACAGAAGCCAACAUCCAAAAUGGCAGCGGACGAUAGUUUCAGCUACCUGAUGCCGGGCCACAGCGAGAAACACAGGCGGGCCCCGAACUGGACCGACGGCGAGAUGAAGGCCCUCCUGUACGUGUGGGAGGAAUUCCACAACGAGCUGAAGACGAGCAAGAGGAACGCCAAGGUUUACGAGAAGAUGUCCCAAAGGUUCUUCCAGCUCACCGGAGAGCAGCGCUUCAAAGAGGAGAUCAAGAUGAAGAUCACCAACAUGUCCUUCCAGUUCAGGCGACUGAAGGCGACGGCCGGCGAAUCGGGCGAGACGCCGGACUGGCCCUACUACAAGCCCAUCGAGAAGAUCCUCUCCAAGCCGCUGGAGAACGGCAGGGUGAACUCGCUGGAGUUCCAGGCCCCGGCCGCAGGGCCUUCCACUUCGUCCCAGUCCACAGACAACCCCUUGUCCCAGUCAGAGGACGGUGUGCUUGGAUUCCUGCCAGAGUACACUGGCUCCUCAGAUGAGCUGGAGAUAAAACAAGAGCUGGACUCUUUGAGCUCAGACAGCGAGCACAUGCUGGGCUCCAGCUCCCACCCUGUCUCAGCCAGGAAGCGGCGUGCCAAAAAGUACCUGUCCCUGAAGAGGAAGAAGCUGCAGGUCAUGCAGGCCAUGCUCCAGCAGCACAAGAAGUCUAGCCAGGCCAUAGAGGAGACGUGCCGGGAGCUCCGUCGAUCCAUGCACCAACAGAACCUCCUGCAGGUUCAGUGCCUGCAACUGCAGGAGAGGAUGAUGAACCUCCUGGAGAAGAUGAUACAGCUUCCCAGCUCCACGUCAGCAGUUUGGAGUCAGAGCGGGGCAAAAGAUUCAGGGAAACCUUGAAAAUAUCAUGGAAUUUCCUCAGUCAUAGGAAAAGCGCUCCUUUAUUUCGGGUAUCACAUCAGUUGCAUUAUUACGAUUACAAUAACUGCAGAUGAGAUCUACCACUGAAUUAUGCUUUCAUCGAUGCUGUAGGGGUGCUUGAAAGUAAUUCUUGAAAGAACUGUAAAGAACUUUGUUUAAACUUUAGCAUCCGCUGUAGGUUCGUUUUGAAUGUAGCCUUUUUUAGCUUAGGACUAGUUGUAAAAAAAAAAUAUUUCUCAAUAACUUGCCAAGUAUCCAAUUAAAAUAACUAAAAACAG